AGCAUCGUCAACGAUCCCUGGCCAGUUGACCCUGCCUAUUGAUAUGUAUGCUUUCUACCUCUCUUCUGGUCCAGCAAACGGCUCUUCUUGCGUUUCCUUGUAUUCGUUAUGCCCCAGGGAUCCUCAAUACUUAUCAGAGAGGCCGGGACGGCUGGAUAGGUGAAUUUCGCCUCUGGCAAAGCGGAGGCUUGUAAGCAUGUUUUCCUCCACUUUCAGAGGAACAUCGACUUCCUGAUGCCCUGGAUGCGCCCCCCGGGCAUAUAGAGACCUUUCCACCCCAUUACGAGCGGGAUAUACUCCCGCUAUAUAGGGACAAGGGGGAGGUACUGUCGAUAGUGGUCGCCUAGGGUAUAAGAGGCCCUACUGAAGAGCCUAUAUAGAGGUAAAUACAGGCCGUACAAAAGGGCUAUUGGGCGGAAAAAUGGCCCGCUGUCGAACGCCAAGCAUUCCCCCGCCUACCCCCUCCGUUUACUAUUCCAGUCAACUUACCUCACUUUCCCUUUUACUUCGUUUCUUCUAGUCAUCACCUAUCCUCUUCGGUUGCCGGCCGUUUCCCUGCAUUCCUGCUCUAUAAAAGAGCCUCCAGUCCUCCUCUAGGUGAUUUUACGCCUUCAAAAUGUCCUCCGGCUUCCCUUCCUCUUCGAACACCCCUCCUAGGAGGGUAGUUCUGCCUGCGCUUCCCGUUUUGGCUGGUGUCGCUCGUUCUAGAGCCCCCACUCCCCCUACGCCGUCCCCGUUGCCUGAAAAGGAAGCUGUGACAGGAGAUCUCGGCCUUCUAGCAGUCGGCAACAGCUCAAUCCGUCCUGGCUCCGCUCCGGCUGCUCCUCCUCCUUCUACGGCUGUAAAAAGCCCUGUCGUUGUCCAAGACGCUUCCCUUGGUGCUUCCCUCGGUGUUACACCUGCCACAGAAGACGACGUCUUCGUUUCUGCUCCUCCAACCGGUCCUCUCGUGCUUGCUGCUGCUCCGAAUGCUAUUGCACAGCGCAUUGUUCACAAUCUUCGCCCUCCCGUCGGUCCUAGAGGCCUUCAACCACGUCCGGACCGUGUUUCGCAGCUCCCAAGUGCUCGGAAUGCUCAAGGAAUGUUUCCACCCGAAGCUCUAAUCUUCGUUGCAAACCUUUCCAGCCAACGUACCGCUGAACAAUUGGAACUGUCAUGCCACCACGUGUUUGAUCAGUUCGGAACAUGUCACAUCUUCAUCAAAUACGAUCCGAGACAGCAUCCGUUUGCGUUCGUCCAGUUCGAGAAGGUUGAAGAUGCAAACAAUGCCAUGGUCUACACUACAAACUUGGUUCUUCAUGGUCGCAAGAUCCGUCUUGAGCGUGGUAAAGCCGAGCGAUCCGUCAUUCUGUCCAAGAAAGACGGUACUGCUGUCACAGAAACAGAAGCACGUCACCUUCUCGAGCGCUACGGACGAAUCGAGCUCUGUGUCCCAGCCAACUCACGUACCAACAACCUAGACGGCAUGUUCAUCAAGUUCGCCUUCUAUCUGGACUGUCAAGACGCUUUGAAGGGUCAUCCCAACUCCGCCAGCCCGUACACUCUGGUCAUCGCUCCUGCAAUGGAGCCGCGUAUGCGUGCUGGACCAAACGGAGCCCCAAUGGUUCGAGGCUUUACAGAGCCUCGCUCCACGGUCGAUACCAAGUCGAUCUUUGUCGGCAAUCUCCCAGAGACUGUCACCCGUCCAGAGCUCAACGCCAUGUUCAGCGAGUUCGGGAGAAUCAUCCAGGUCAACGUGAUCCGCAAGACGUUCACUGACGGCGGCACCAAUGUCUUCGCGUUCAUCGAAUUCGCCUACGCCCACGAGGCUGACCGUGCUGCCCUCGCUGAACGCAAUCUGCAUGGAAACAAGCUCCGAGUCGAACCAAAGGAGUAUUCAGUCCGCCGUCCCUCUCGCUGCGCUCAAUCCACCAACUCUCAAUACAAUCACGACGCUCCGAACUACUCCUACGACGAUGCUGCCUACAAUACUCGAGCUCCGGCCACCUACAACGCUCCACCAAUGUACACCAUGAAUCCAUUGGCAACUCCACCACACCACGGAUACAGCUCGGGUCUAGGCAUGCAAGGAUACGGUCAGAAUGCUGCUGCUGCCAUGCAGUAUCACACUCCACCAAGUGCUGGCUUCAUCCAGCGAAUGCUUCCGCCAGGCAUAUUCUCACCUACACCUCCUCAGUCCUACGGCUACGCUGCUCAGGCUUGGGGCGCAGGUCAGUAUGGCAUGGGCAGCAUUCAGGAGUACCCAGAGGAAGGCCACUACUGAUGCUAUGCCGGCGUUUCAAGGCGUAGAACGGUGUUUUUUUGGCGAUGGUGAACUGCUCGGAAUGAUGGUUGAAGUGCUUUUUUUCAACGGUGAAUGGCUCGGAAUGAUACUUGAAAGUGCUUUUAUGGGGGUUUCAGCAUACAGCAUAGAGGAUUCUCUACUCAUGUGCACGAAUAUGCACAAUACUAUGGGGCUGUACAUAGUGAAAUGCAUGAAGAUGCACAGCUAGAGACAUAAUGCUAUGCACU